AUGUGGAGAGCCUUGCUAUUCCUAUCAAUAGGAGUUUUUGCAGUUUGUCCCAAGUACCAAUGCCACACGGGCGGCUUCAAUGUAGGUCCUACAUGUGCAUACCCAACAGCAACCAACGACAUUAUGAUGCAAAUGUGUGAUGCUUCAUCCCAAAGCCGUGUUUGUCUGGUAACACCUCAAAUCACCCACAAUUUCACCUGUCAACCCUUCGAUAACACCAGACCAAUCCAACUAAACUACCCAGGUGAAUUUUGCCAUUCAAAUUCCCAAUGCCUUUCAGGAUACUGCGCAAAUAAUGCUUGCCAAGGGCAGCCUUUAGGAGGAAUGUGCGUUUCUCAUGCUGAUUGCAAUGUAGGUUUAUUCUGUAAUCAAGCAGGCCACUGUAUAAAGCAGCUAGGGAUUUCUAAUUCUUGUAAUUCUGAUUGGGAUUGCCAAAAUAAUUUAGCCUGCAAUAGGACACUUUAUAAUCCUGGGCUAUGUUUGCUUUAUUAUUCAAUUGCUAAUGGAGACGCAGUUGGAAUGUGCGUAACUGAGCUAUCAGAAGGAGUCUCUAAUUUAUGCAUAAGCGGAUCAUGUGCCCAGCAGAAGCCUAAUACAAAUGGAGAAGGAUUCUGCCAGCCAAGCAUCAAAACUGUUGGGAAAUUCCCAUCAAAAUGUGUAGGAGACACAGACUGUGUCGGACAAAAUACUCAAAAUACAAAAUAUACAGGGACUUGUGCAUGUGGUAUGAAUCCGACUGGAGAAAGCUACUGCAAUUCUUGGUCAGGAGAUGAGCCAAACCAAAUAGUCCAAGAAAUCUGGGUGCAGCAUGUAAAUUCAGUUGGGAUAGCCAAUUGUCAUACAAUGAGAAGAUUUGCACCGACUUGUUUAUACCAUACAAUGCCUCCAGCUCAAAUAGUUAAUUAUACCCAAAACGAAAUGAUGUCAGCUGACUUAGCAAGAUACCAAAAUAAUGAUGUCUGUACCCAAACAAUUUUCAAUAGAGAUUACUAUAGAGUUUCUCCUCAAUCUUUUACCUGCAAGGCAUAUGGGUGUGAUACUAAAAAUCCAUGGGCAACAGAAACUUGUCUGACUUAUCAAGAAGGAAGUAAUAAAUUUGCAAUAAAAGAAUGCGAAAAUAAGCUUUAUUGUAAUACUCAAGAAACGUUAGGAAAUGAAUGGAUGAAUUCUACUUGUGGGCCAGCCCCAACAGUAGCUCCUGCAUAUCCAGGAAUGCAGUGCAAGGCUAAUAGUGAUUGUUUAUCUGGAAAAUGUAUAGGAGGAGCAUGCAGAGGUGCUAUUCAAAAUGAUCCAUGUAAUGAUGAUUAUGACUGUAACCCUGGGCUGUAUUGCUAUGCUCUUAAUAUGGUCUUUCGAUGUGUUCCUCAAAUACCAAUUGGACAGCAAGGCUGUGCUACAGAUUAUGACUGCGUCACAAAUGCUGGGUGCAAUGCUACAAAAGAGUACCCAAUAGGUGAGUGUGUGGCUUAUUUUUCAGUACAGCUAGGUACUGAAGUCCCAUGCCCGAUAUCUGGAACUAAUUAUUUGUGUGAGUCAGGAAGCUGUUAUAACAAUGGAAAAGAUGAUAGAGGAGUUUGUGUCUGUUUUAUUAUUUUUUAAUCAGAAAUUUUAUUAAAAAAUUAAAAAAUGAGAAAAAUAAAAAUUAUUAUUUUGUGUCCCUCCUCCAAAAUCUGUCAAUUUUGGUGCAACAUGCCAAACCAGUAACGACUGUAUGGGAAUCAAUUCAAAUAAUCAAAGCUUUGUUGGGCAAUGUCAGUGUGGGUAUAAUAUAAUGAAUUAAUUUUAAAUAUUAUAGUUUUCCGCUUCUAAGACAAGAUUCCUUAAUUAUAUAUGCAAAAGAUCCAAGCCUCAAAUAUGGUCUAUUAAAUUAAUCUAAGACUUUAUAUAAUCCAUGGGGCUAUAAAUAUUGCAACGCUUUCGCUGGAGAUCCUCCUGGAGCUCUGUUUGUAAAAAAAGUUUCCCCACUCUAUAAACUUUCCCAAAUAACAAUGUGCCAUACUGCACUCAGGUUUAACACGAACUGUUUAGAUAUGGUAGCAAGUAUGACUGGAGCGAACGCAAAUAUUUAUUAUUCAGCUUUGCUGAAUUUUACAAACUUCCCAGCCUAUAUGGAAAAUGAUGAAUGUGUAAGGACAGUGAUCAAUUCAGCGUUUUGGUCAAGGCUACCACCAGGACCUUCACCUCCUCCACCACCAAGUCCUGAUAACGAUGAUAAUAGCUCUGCACAAGUUCUUAUUGUAUUGAGCUCACUAGCUUUAUUCAUUUAA